CUCUUUCUUAUCCGUUUUUCCUUUGUUUUCUACAAUUAACUGUAGGAACUAGGAAGAAGUGGAAACGGCGUCGUCGAACGACUACUGCCUGGCUCGCGUAUACUGCUCUCUCUUUCUGUAAAAUCGCCGGCUGUUUUUUCACACAUUGAGCACUACACUGUGCGGAAGCCGACAUGGCGUUACGGGUUUCGAUGCUGAAAAGCGGUGCUGGCAAAGCGGAGUGCACUUUAGGCGGGAUCCGGCGGCUGGCUCACGCAUUGGCUCAACCGGCGCCGCUGGAAACCGCCAUCAACCAUCAGAUCAACACCGCAUUACCGCCGUUGGUUUUGCCGGAGAAUCAUGACUACAAAGACACGGGAGCUAAUUUUCCGAAUUUACCAUUCUUAGGUGGAGCUAUGGAGCUCAUGGCUGUUCCCAAAAAGAAGGUUACUCCACACAAGAGAGGUAUUAGAAAUGGACCAAAGGCUUUGAAACCUGUCCCAGUAAUCAUUCGUUGCAAGGUCUGUGGUCGAGUCAAGCUACCACAUUUCUUCUGUUGUAGUGGGAUCAAGCAAAAUCCUGAAGGAAAUGGUUAAAACCUAUUGUUCUGCUCCUUAUCAGCUGGUUACUGUAUGAUCCAAGUGGAAUUCAACAAGAGGGUGUUGAGUAAUGCAGAAAAGUGAACUUAUUGAGCAUAUUUUCUUCCGAAUUUUUCGUCUUUUUUAUGGAUCGAUGCCUAAUGCCUCACCUGGGCAUUCUACUUCUACAGUAGGCGUUUAAAAGGCGUUCUUUUUAAGAUGUUAUUUAGGUUCAGGUUGCCUGUGGAAUAAUGGUUCUGGUAAUCUUUUUCGCCAUUGAUUACUGAUUUUUUGAAGUUAUAUUUUCUGUGGUACUGAAACUUUUCUUGAACUUUUAAGCUGAUGCUUCAAUUUGGGAUGACAA